AUGAAGUCGGCGCUCUUCCUAUCGACCAUCAUCCCCAGUGCCCUAGGCACCACCAUUUACCUCGCCGGUGAUUCCACCAUGGCGCAGGGCGGAACUGGCUCUGGCACCGCAGGAUGGGGUCAAUAUGUGUCCCCCUACACCACGGCGACCGUCUCUAACCAAGCUGUUGCCGGCCGCAGUGCCCGAUCCUACACGCGGGAAGGUCGGUUCGAUACUAUCGCCAACCAGGUCCAGUCAGGGGACUGGGUGAUCAUCGAAUUCGGACACAACGAUGGCGGCUCGCUGUCGACAAGUGAUAACGGCCGCACCGACUGCUCCGGCACUGGCGACGAGACCUGCAGCACAACCUACAACGGCGUCGCGGAAACCGUCUUGACCUUCCCUAAGUACCUCGAGAACGCCGCAGCCAAAUUCACGGCCAAGGGCGCCAACGUGCUCAUCUCGAGUCAAACCCCCAACAACCCCUGGGAGACCGGCACCUUCACAUACUCUCCCUCUCGAUUCGUAGCGUACGCCAAGCUGGCCGCUGAGACGGCAGGCGUGUCGUACGUGGAUCACGGGGCUUAUGUUGCGGACAUCUUCGAGACGCUGGGUCUUGAGACGGUCGAUUCCUACUUCCCCCUCGACCACACUCACACAAGUGCCAAGGGUGCAUCGGUGGUGGCCCAGGCUUUCUUCAAGGCAGUCGUCUGCGCGAAUGUCGGUCUCAAGAGCCUUCUGAACACUACCGAUUUCCAGGGCGAGUGUCUAUAA